UUUGUUAGACAAGUUUGAAUCUUACCUUGGUUUAUGGUUCUCGCCUAUAAUUUUUAUGGUUAUUGAAUUUAAAGCCGAUGUGACAUUUGAAGCUAUCAGGUCCAAGUAAGGCCUCAAGUCUAGGUCGAUGAAGCUAGUGUCCAAUGGCUUUUAAUAAGGAAUUAGAGUUGUGAAGAAUAUACUUUGAUUGUUGUUUUAUAAGGAAUACGUUGAGUAAGUUUUAGAAUGUUUUAUAAACGAAGAUUUAUUAAUUUUCAAGAUCAUCACUUCAUAGUAUCGAAAAGAAUGAGGAAAGCACUGACGUAAAGCAUGCUCAACUUCAGGUUGUGAUCCAGCCGGCGGGAUCAGCGGUGGCGAUGAUCUCCCCAGUCUCUGCUAAUAUUGAUAAUUGGAGAGAUGAUUCUUUCUGCAAUUUAGAGUCAGUGCUAUCCUCACUUUUUUCUAUAUCUUCAGGAGUUGCAGUGCUGAAUGAUUGAAAUAUUGCCAUUAUUCUAUUUAUUCAUCUAAACAAUUUGGAGUAAAUAAUAAUUGGAAUCGCUUCAUAAUAAAAUGGGAAAUAAAGAAACAUUGUGUAAAAUUUUCCGUGGAUUUUGAAUGUUGUAAUGUUUCGGAGUCAAUCAAUUCUAUUGAAAGUUGUUGCGCAUGGGAUCGAUGUUUUUGCAACAUAGUCAAUUCGCACACCGUAACAUUACCCUCUAGCGAAGUCUUACCGGCAAAUUUCGCAUCGUAAUCGAGAAAAAACAUCUGUCGACCGAGUUCAACGCGUCCCGCCCACCCGACGUCCCUGAAACGCCACCGCGUGAUCGAAGAAUCCACCGCCGCACAGUCAGUCACGUUGUCUUUCAUUGUUUUCGGCGGUCCAAAAAUUGCCCGGUUAGCUUACCAGCCAUUAAGCGAGCGUCUAAGUUUCAGUUCGGACGCCGGGCGUCGUGGUCGUUUCCGAUUUACUCGAUUGCUGAUCUGCCUAGGGAUCGAUUUGGCAGAAAAAAAAUAGAUAAGCUAAUUUCGACUAGUUGUUUGCGUUAGUGUUUCGACAGCAAGAGUUUUCGGUUUCGGGGCGGAUCUUCGAGUUUCCUUUGUUUGUUUUUGCGGCGAUUACAUUGGGAAAUCGGGAUAAUCGCAGGUGUAGCUAGGAAUGCUCCACACGCGAUAAUAUUAUCGCGUUGUGCCAGUGCGCCGCCGAAAAUAGACGCUGCAUGUGUCCGCCGAACCUAAACAAGUGGGACAGCCGAAAUCGUUUAGCACGUGCGCGGUGCCAAAAUCAGAAAUGUAAUUUUCUUUUCCGACAUGCCGACAUCGAGAUCGCUAUCGGUGUAGCAGAGUUCGAUAUAGACGUGUUCUUCCUGUAUCUCGAGCCAGUACGGAGAUGACGACGGCGUAGUAGCAACCAUGUACGGCCGAUCGGAGACCCCUGGACAAUGGUCCGUUUACGCGGAGUUCACCAUAUCGCAUCCGGGAUCUGGGGAUCCGGACAACGUUCCCCGAACGCGGACCGAGCAGAACGACAACAGCGUACGCAUGACCUACUCGUGGAACUCGCAGAACAACCAUACUACGGGCGCCGCAUGGGUUCCUUCGGAAACCGCUUCGACUUACUCCGACAACCGGCCCGAAGCUUCCUACGGCUUCCAAAAAGGCAACCUGCUGUUCACGUCUACCCCGCCGCCGAGAAGACCCUCCAACCUCCCAGCCGGUAGUAGGUUGAACCCGCAAGAAUCUUCCGGUUACGGCAGCAACCUGCUGUCGCCGAGCUCGAUAUCCAGCGGGCAGAACACCAAGUGCAGGAGCACCUGCAACAUCACCCUCGGCAACCAGUACCCGUGCCAUCACCACUGCGGCAGGACGCAGAGCCUGAGGUGUCAGACGCCGAGUUCGAGGAGCGACCUCAAGAACGCCUACUACGGUUGCGGCGACCCGUGGUGUCACCAUCUGAGGACGGGCGACGACGUUUCGAUGGGCGGACGGUGUUCCCCCGUUCAGGAGGCGUGCGAGGACUGCUCGAGUCUAAACGGCAGGUCGACGAACAAGGCCGCCACCAGGUCGUUGUCCAGGGAGCUGGACGGCAGGAAGGACGUAAGCGUGCAGACGUUCGAGAUGGUGGACAAGUGUACGUCGCCGUUUUUGAGAGAAGACACCGGGGAGAAGAAGAGGAGCAGGAAGGUUAGAAGGAGGUCUUUGUCGUCGCAACAUCGUAAGACGCAGGAAUCUUGUUCUCCGUCUUCUUUUACGCCCGACAGUUUGGAGAGCGGACGAAGUCAGAAAUCACGAAGUCUCGUACGUUCCCCGAAGCUGAGCAGAAUACCGCAUACGAAAACCGACAAAUCCGAACUGUCCACGACCACCGGAACAGGGACCGACGACAAAUCCAGCGGUUCCAAAAAGCCCAGGACCGUACACAUCGACGUCUAUUGCACCGGAACCGAAGCCGAAUCCGAUUCUACCAACAGCGAUCUAUCGGAUAACGAUACCGCAUCGACUCCCCAAACGGUAUUCGAAUCGGAACAAGUCAAGAUAACGCAUAAGCGCGCAGACGUUGACGAGGAGCCUAUGACCAUUCGUCGGGAGGGUGACAACACCUCCUUUCGUCUUAAGGAACGACCAAACGAAGACAAAUCAGACUCGGACGACGGAGCCAGCAUGGCGUACCCCUCCAAGUUGAGCUCCUACUCGACCAUCAGAGAUUUCGCCUCCAGCAUCUCCAGCGUUCCGAGAUCCUGGACCAACUACUCGAUGUCGAGUUGCGCCAUCCCGGAUCCGGAUUACGAUUCGGUCGCCAAUACCUCCUGGAAGGAUAACACGUAUUCGGAUAUCGGGAGCAGGUCCAGCAUAGCCGGUACCGAAAGCUCACUCUUCGUACCGAGAAGAUUGCUGAACAAAGACAGCAGUAUCGACGAGCGACCUGAGCUGGUGGGUAAGGAGGGAUCCAAGUCGCCCAGCCUGCAACUGAGCGACAGUUUCGAGUACGCCAACUCCGAGGAUAAGAUGCGGAUCAGGAGGAUGGAACACGUGUGGCAGAAAGAUAAGGUCGACAAGGGUUCGGAUGAACGUUCGGAGUCCAAACGGGUACAGCAAGCGAAGAGAAUGAACGAGUACAUCCAGAAGAAAUUGAGGCAUCUGGCUAAGAAGGAAUCUAAAGAAACGGAUUCGGACGAAAGUGCCGAUUCGGGUGACGGUUGGACUUUUGUUAAGGAUAAUACUGGCGGGAGUGGCACGGUCAAGAGAACUGCUAAAGAAGCAACGAAUGAACAGACAAAAACGGACCGUUCGAAAGACGAAGUGAAAGGAACGAAGAGUCCACCCAAAUCGAAGGAACCGAAGAAAAAACCCGUUUUGGUCGAUCAGGGUAGCCUGAGCGAUUCCAGUCCAUCGCCCUCUUGUCGAACGCCCAGCUCGGCGGCGCUUCUGCAACGUUUGAGCCUCGAUCCGACGCUUCGAGCUCCCUUCACCUUGGCUCCGGGCCUCUACACCGAACAGAGAAGUAUAGCGAAAAAAUUCGGACCAGUGAUUAGUGCCUUCAAGAAACCCGGACACCACAUAGGACCGGUGCGGAAUCCGGAAUGCGCGUGCGCCCAUUGCCGAAGUUACUACGAGAGCGCGAGUUUUCGAUCGAGAACUAGGUCCCUCGGGGAUCCCCCGUCGCAGAACUGGAAGAGUCCCUUAAGUACAUAGUGGAAAAUGCCAUUCGGUUUUUAAUUUUGUGAUUUUAUUUAUUUAUAUUAUAUUGUAUUUGAUAAUUUAGACUUUGUCGAGUUGUUUCUUCUCGGGACCGCUGAAAGAAUCGUCAGCAAGGCCAGUCAGAGGUCCCUGCCAUAUACACCUCCACAGCGGAGCUUGCUAAGACAAAGCUCAAUUAAAGUAAAACAAAUAUCAAUGCGAAAUUCUGCGAGAACCAUAAACCAA